AUGGAUAAUAGUGAUACAUCCUCUCGAGAGGGGUCUGAGAACAUAUCACCUUUGGUCGAAGACCUAUCGGAAGAUUUACCUAAUGGAGAUUGGCCUGCCAACUCUGACCAUCUUAUUUCACAAUUGGAUGAAAAAGUGAACGAUAGUUACGGAUGCCAGAAUAAUGAAUUAACUCUGUGCAAAGCAGAAAAUAGUAUUAUGGAUGUUGGAACAGUGGAUAAGGCUUGGGAAUCAGCCGUUACUUCUAGUGCCUGUAAAAGUUGCCUUGAAAAUUUUGCUUUAAAUAAUCCAAAGGAAUGUGAUCUUACUAAUUCUAUUAGCGAAUCACAGGAAGCCUCUAAACAGGACGUCCGACCGCUUAUCACGGAUACCCAGCCAUCCAAAGAUAUAUUACAUCAGCAAACGGAGGAUGGGCCUCAAUUAACUUCUGUUUUGGAAAGAGUCUCUGGCACAGAGGAAGCAAUAGAAGGGUCGCACCGGCUAGAAGAAGCCAAACCCACUGUUGCAUCAAGCGAAUCAUGUAAGUCGCAAGAAAGUGAUUCUAAUGUCACCGGACAGGAGGAUGAUGCCUUUUUAGUAAAGGAUGGUACAUACGGAAAAGAUGUACCACUCAUAACAGUAGAGGAGACAGAUCCUCAAAACAAACAGGAAUUGGAGUGUAAUCACACACAGUCAUAUGAAUUUGGAACCAAUGAGAAGAUUAAGUGUCAACAAGUGAGAGUCGAAAGAGAACUCAAUCUGGAAGAGUUUGUCAAUCCAAAAGAAGCAACGCUACACGAAGAUGGAAAACUAACAGAAGAGAUGUCAAAUGCUAUUAUGGAAGAAUUAUCCCUUGCUGAGGUAAGCACUCACAAAGUUUGUGCACAAACUCAUGAAACUGCGAACUCUGUGCCUCCUGUCUCAAUUGAGUUCUGUAAAAGCGAGGCCUUCGAAUCGGCUCAAGCUAAAACAAUACAUCACGUAAAUGAACUGCGAGCAGCUGUAGCGCAUGAUGUACCUGUAGAGUUCUCAAAUUUUCAACCCAGUAAUAAUGAAUUCACCACCAACAAACGCGAUCAAGUAUUGGUUAAAGAAUCGGAGCUGAAUAUGGUCCAGCCCAUCGAAAUGACUGAACUAAUUCCAAGGUUGGAAUCUAAUAAAGGGGAAUUCGUUAAAGUGUCUGCAGCUCCCAUUGUCACGAGCUAUAAACCGGAAACUAAACACGUUGGUGCAGAGAAUCUAAUAAGUUCCGAAAAUUUGCCACCACAUUUGAGAACAAAAAAUUUGAAUGGUUUCAGUGAUGACAAGGAGAACAAAAUUCCGCCAUGUGCUGAAAAAAACAGUCAUGAUGCGUCGCGAACAAACAAAAAGGACUGUGCAAAUGCUAAAAAAGAAUUAAAUCCUCCCGAGGAAGAACUUGAUUUUGAUACUAAAUAUGCUAUCCUCGUCGGAAAGAUCCUUCCUGGACACGAAAUUUAUUACAUGCCUUCAACCAACUCGAAUAGGAAGCAGGUUACUUUUCGUCGAGGAGGAACGUUGGAUCAGCAACAGCUAGUAUCGGGCAGCGCGCCGCUCUGGGAUGCCGCAUUUAAUAUAAUGAGCUUCAAAUCGGCGACACUGGAGGCGCCAAGUCGUACUCGACAUCGACUGCAACCAAAACCAGCAGUGAACGACGAUCAUCUCUUCCCAGACUCGGUAACACCUUCAAAAGUGGAGAAGGCCCUCAUCGAGGACGACACUGGCACCUCCAAUGAGGAGGGCAACCGGUAUGACGUGCCUUUCAUGGAUGAUGACGCAUUCUUGCCCAAGAGGUAUCGAAGCGUCGUAAUGGUCGAGGACGAUUCUAGCAGUGAAUCAGACUACUCGGAUGAGCGAAGAAUUCUCCUGGGAACGGAGCACUUAGCUGAAAUGGAUGAAACAUCAUCACACAUUGGUAAGUGUAUAUAA